AUGGGUAUAAAGACCCGAUGUAUCGACAAGCUGGAGGUAUUGGGCCGUGACAACCCAACGCGAGACAAUCAGUCCUUUCAAUUGCAGAACCCCUUCCGCAACUUCAGCCUUCUCGUCAGGUCUAACCCGUUGUUUUGGCUCGGAGAGCUGAGCCUCGUUGGCCUGAACCUCCAACAACUACCGCCUGCUAUGUACACCUCAUUCAACAUCACUUCCCUUCGCGUCCCCCAGCUCAAGCAAUCCAUCUACCUAGAGAAGGUCUUCGAGUAUCUGAUGAGCUCAAAGGAACCGCUUCUUCUGCACACGCUCAAGAUCUCCAUACACAGCUAUAAAGAAUCUCUCAAGCCAGAUGAGGCAUUCGGUUUCGCGGCCUUCUGCAGGUCAUUCUCAACUUUGAAGACAGUCGAAGUGGAGAUUUGUGCAGAUUGGCAAACGAAUCUUGAUGCGCACAUUCUCAGCUCACACAGCAACCUUGAAGUAUGUAUAUUGAGUCUCGGUGUACCCUCACUCAACAUGGCGACGCUUCAGGUACUUCGCGCAAACCACAAGAGCCUCAAAGUACUCGGUUUCCGAUGUCAACAGAUCGCACUUUCGUUGGACCAUGGUCGCUUCUUUCAAGAAGCUAAGAAGAGAAUACGCGGCCUCGCUGCCGAAUUGUCGCUAUUCGAGAAGCUGGAGGAGUGGCAGUUGAUCUGCCAACCUGUUCACACUGAUCCCUCUCCUGUCACCCUAGUCAGUUGCAGGACCAUCGCGAUGGAGAUCUAUCAGAAAGUCGUCGCUGUUUACGGCACACGUCCAUGCACCAUCAACACCAUCUCGAUCUUUGCUCGAGAUAUUUACUAUACUCCAGAUGAAGUUCAUGCUGGAAAAAUACCCGACAUGCGCAGGUUUCAAUUCUGGGAUGUCGUAGCAUAG